CCCUUUUGUCUUUCACUGGCCGCCAACUCUUCCCUACACACACACUCUCUCUCUUCACAAAUCGGCACCCACCAGCAAUGUUCGGCGAUUCAGAGCACCAAUGGCGAUGAAAAUGACAACAAUACUAAGGAGGGCCGAGGGGAGCUUGGGGUUCACGAUAGGGUUUCAGAGGUUGAGCAUGUCAUGGCUCUUCCUCCACCAUUGGAUUGAGCCAUUGACUGAGGGGUCACAUCUCCACUAUUUGUUUUGCCUGAGUUUGAUAAAAAAAACAAAACAACAACAUCAUUGGGUUUGGAUUUGAGUUUCCAAGUUUUUCUUAUGGUAGAUCUAUGGAGCUUAUGGCUGUCCCCAAGAGGAAGGUUUCUCCCCAUAAAAGAGGCAUAAGAAAUUGACCAAAGGCUUUAAAACCUAUUCCUGUGAUAAUGCGAUGCAAGAGCUGUGGUCGGAUCAAGUUGCCACACUUCUUUUGUUGCAGUGGAAAUAGGGAAAGUGUCUAUGAGCAAAAUGACUCAACCCGAUGAUCAAA